GAGUAUUGAUAUAUAUGAGAGAAGGUAGAAAAGUGCUCAUUGAUCCCCCAUCUGCAGCUUUGAGCUACACUCUGCUUGUUAGUAAAACAAAAUGAGUAUGACCGUUGCUAUUAUUAUCCUUUUCAGCCAUUUGCAUAUGGUUAACAUAGAAGCUGCACCAUCCUUUACAGGACCGAAUAAUUUCACGUUUGAUGUAUUUGAUCAGACCAAGGAUAACAAUUACUUACAGUUUCAAGGGGAGUCAUCCAUUGUAUACGGAGCGCUUCAGAUAACCCCAGACACAGUCAGCCAACUCGACAAACUCACUAACAAGGCCGGCCGCAUUAUGUAUUCAAAGCCCUUCAAGCUGUGGUCGUCCGAUGACAACCAUGCCUCCUUCAACUCAAGUUUCGACAUAAACAUUUACAGAGAGCUGAACUGGACUGCUGGCCAUGGUCUUGCCUUUCUCAUAGCCCCGGAUACCUCGAUACCGGCAGCAAGUUUCGGGCAAUGGCUUGGCCUCACCAAUGUUGACACUGAUGGUAACCAUACUAACCAGAUCGUGGCUAUAGAAUUUGAUACAAAAAAGCAAGACUACGAUCCUGAUGACAACCAUAUUGGCCUCAACAUAAACUCCGUUAGAUCAAACAAGACUAUCUCUCUCGAUGUUCAUGGUAUCAAAUUAUCCCCCGAAGAAAGCACCAAUCACUCUGUCUGGGUCCAGUAUAAUGGCAAGUCCAAGCUAAUGAAGGUUUACAUGGCAAAACAAGGGGAACAAAAGCCUGAAAAGCCUCUUCUCAGCGAGACCAUAAACCUGAAAAACUAUGUUAAUCAACAAUCUUACUUUGGGUUUGCUGCUUCUACAGGUGAUUAUCCAGAGAUCGAGUUGCAUUGUGUCUUGAAAUGGAGCUUAGAGGUAGAUGUUCUAAAGAAGGAAAGUGAUUUGAUUUCAUUGAAGAUAGGUCUUGGGGUAGGAGUCCCUGCAGGUGUGAUAUUGUUGGUUCUAUGCGGUGUUGUAUACGUGAAGAAGCGAAGAAGAACUGAUGAGGAGCCUAUCUUUUUUGAUAAGAGCUUGAGUUGGUUGCCUGAGAUGCCCAAGGAAUUCAAGUAUAAGGAUAUAAAGAAGGCUACCAACAACUUCCAUGAGAGUAUGAGGUUGGGUAAAGGUGGGUUUGGAAUUGUUUACAAAGGAAUUCUGAACAUCAAGGAUCAUAAUACUGCUACUGAAAUAGCUGUAAAGCAAUUCUCCAGAGACAAAAUCAAAGGGAAAGAUGAUUUCUUAGCUGAGCUCACCAUUAUUUACCGCCUUCGCCAUAAACAUCUUGUUCGCUUAAUUGGGUGGUGCUAUGAUAAGGGGAAGCUACUAUUGCUGUACGACUUUAUGCCAAAUGGUAGUCUUGAUAAACACCUGUAUGAGGCUUCCAACCACAACACUUUGAAUUGGGAACGUCGAUACAAGAUACUAGCAGAUGUAGCAUCAGCACUGCAUUAUUUGCACAAUGAGUAUGACCAGAAGGUUGUGCACCGUGACCUCAAGGCCAGCAACAUCUUGCUUGACUCCAACUACAAUGCUCGCCUGAGCGACUUCGGCCUUGCUCGAGCCUUGGAUAAUGGAAGGAACUCUUAUGCUGAACUAGGAUUACCUGGAGUUGCCGGCACCAUGGGCUAUGUUGCUCCGGAGUGCUUCCACACAGGGAAAGCUACACCGGAAUCCGAUGUAUUUGGUUUUGGUGCAGUGGUACUUGAGGUAGUGUGUGGGAGAAGUCCAGCGACCGGGAUCGAUCACCAUGAAUGUUUCUAUUCCUUGGUUGAUUGGGUUUGGAUGUUGCAUCGUGAAGGCAACAUGCAAGAAGCUGUAGAUGAGAGGCUCGGCAAUGAGUAUGUGGUUGAUGAAGUAGAGAGGCUUUUACUUUUGGGGCUUGCAUGUUCACAUCCCAUUGCCAGUGAGAGGCCUCAAGCACAGGCUAUAUGCCAGAUUAUAGGUGGAACUAUGUCGGCCCCUCACGUGCCUCCAUUCAAACCUUUCUUCAGAUGGCCUUUGAUGGAUGCUUCCUUCAGCACCCCUGAGAGUACAGUUUCUACUACAACAUUGUCUUCCAAAGGUUGUUCUGUAACUUCCGUUAACGUUAUUGCAGAAGGCUGAAGCUCAUCCUAUAGUUCACUUCUUUAAUUAAGCUCCUGGCGUUAGUAGGCACUUUUCUUUUGCAUUAUAAUGGUAAGUUUUUGAAAGAUACCCAUUUGUUCUCAGAAAGUAUUGAAUAUGGCACUAAUGUCUCUUCAAUUCUGUACAAGUUCAACCUUAGCCUUAUUACCUGUAUGUUCUUGUGAGAUUCAUGCUUGCAAUAUAGGCUAAUGGGUAUUCAUAACCAAUGUAAUCUCUUUUUUAACUCAAGAUGUCCUCUGCAAGAAAUCCUUUCUUUUUGUUUCUCUGUUUAUUUA